CAUUCUCAGUUUUGCCGGAAGAGCCACAGCAUCGCAGAUUGAGUCAGUCGUCUGAAUUCUCUCUUGACGUGAGUAAAAAAUAGUUUUGCAUGUUAUUGGAAGGCGGAGGGCGCAUCGCCAAAUGACAAGCAUCUCUCAACAACAAAUAUCGGCCCAAGACUCCACCAGAGAGGGCCGAUUCAUUCAAUUGCCUGCUUCUUUGCACGCAAUUGCCGUCUGCUUUUUUAUCUUUGAAUAAUUCAUUCACUGAUUUUUUCAAAUUCAACAUCGCAGUUUCUAUCCAUCAAGAUGGGCCAUUUCAUUCUACGCAAGGCCCCGAGUUUUGUCCAGAAGCGACUCUUCACUGUGUCUCACCUCUCCGCAUCAGCUUCAGGCUUCCGCAUCAACGCCGAUAGACUGGCAGAGACGCUUCAUCACACCUGCCAAUGGGGUGCCGCUCAUCGAUAUGGAGACGGCCCAACAGAGACGGGUAUGGCGCGCCUUGCUCUCUCCGAUGAUGACGCCCAAGUAAGGCGCUGGUUCGCCGAAGAGACGCAGAAGUUGGGGUGCAACCUCGUAGUAGAUCAGAUGGGCAACAUGUUUGCCAACAAACGGGGGUCAGCGCCAGAACCCACUCCCAUGAUUGCCAUGGGGAGCCAUCUUGAUACCCAGCCGCGAGGUGGCAGAUACGACGGUAUUCUGGGAGUCGUGGCUGCUGUCGAGGUGAUGCGCACGCUUGCGGAGAAUGGACACAAGACUCACCACAACAUUGGAAUCGUCAACUGGACAAACGAAGAAGGCGCUAGAUUCCCCAAGUCCAUGAUGGCGUCCGGAGUAUGGGCUGGCAAAAUCCCACUCGAAGACGCCUAUUCACUUCCCGAUAUCAUGGACCCUUCAGUCACAGUCAAGUCAGAACUCCAAAGGCUGGGCUACAUCGGAGACGUUGCCUGCUCUUCAGCCGGGUACCCCCUAAAAGCUCACUUUGAGCUACACAUCGAACAAGGUCCAAUCCUCGAACAGACGAAAACGAGGAUUGGCGUCGUCCAGGGAGGCCAGGGAUACCGUUGGUUCACCAUUACCGUCACUGGUCGAGAUGCCCAUACAGGAACAACGCCUCUCAACAAUCGCAGCGACCCCCUCUUGGCAGCUGCCAAAAUGAUUACUUCUUCCAACGAUAUCGCAAAGGAUCUUGAUGCCCUGGCAUCUACCGGCGUCAUCAAAAUCCCACAAAACUCGUCUACUAAUACAAUCGCUUCCCAGGUAACAUUUACGCUUGACAUCCGCCAUCCCGAGGACGCAAUCCUCAACGAAAUGCAGCGUCGUAUAUUCGAGUCCUUCGAAGCCAUCGCCAAAAAAGAUGGCCGUGGCGUUCAGUUCAACUGGACCCUUGAUACUGAUUCUCCAGCCACAAAAUUUGACCCUAACUGCAUCAAGAUGGUCGCAAAGGCCGCGACCGAUCUUCUCGGAGAACAAGGCUGGCAAUACAUCACCAGCGGAGCAGGUCAUGACAGCAUCAACACGAGCAGCCAAUGCCCUACCACCAUGAUCUUUGUUCCCUGUAAAGACGGCGUUAGCCACCAUCCCGAAGAAUACUGCAGCCCAGAGGACUGUGCUAUUGGAACCCAGACUCUUCUCGAAUCGGUGCUUAACUACGACAAGCUCAAGCAAAGCAAUCACUAAUAAUCCUUGGCAAAGUGUUCGGAAUCAUAUACAUUGACCACAGAGAAAGAAAAGAGAGGGAACGCCAUCGUGUUUACUAGCAAUGCAAGAAAUUGAAUCAGCCUCAAAGAGUGGCGUAAAAGCACACUAUAACUAGCCAGUCUUCUCCGUUCUGUGAUCAAUGUCCAUGUCAAUUUGAUCAGAGAUGUGUGC